CCACCUUUUAACUAAAAAAAUCUAUAACCCUAAAAUCAAUUAAACAUUGCAGCAAAAAAACAAAAAAGGAAAGAAAAAGGGGAAACCCAAAAUGUUUGCCCCCAUUUGGUCUGCUGUUCAACCACCAUCAGUCCACCAUGAACGAUGGAUGGUGGUCUACCAAAGCGUUCCCCUUAUGCCUUCAUUUAAAGCCCAGCCUCAAGGCUCAUCAAUUUCGGCCUCAAAACCCCUCUCAACCUUUGACGUCGGUGAAGAAGACGAGGAUUUGGUGGCUCGUUCUCAAAGGUAUGGGCGUGUCAGACGCAUGGAGGGAGCAUAUGCCGGUGGUGGUGCGCGAGGCGGCCAUUGGUUGGCUUAGUGUGCUGCUGAGGCUUGAGGGCUGCUGCUGUUUUCUCUUCUCUGCAGGGGGCUAAGAUUUGGGCUUUAGGGUUUGUAUUUAAUUGGGUUUGGUCUUUUAGUUUGGGGUGGGCAUAAUUGGGCCUGUACAAUAAGGAUUUCAUGGGAACACCUGUAGAGUUUGAGCAACAACUGGUUGAGAAGUUGAAGGAAUUCAUCCGUCAUGAAUAUUUCAUAGCUGAAGGAGAGGCCGUUGCUGUAGAGAACCCGCCCCAGAGCUCCAAUAUUCUAAUAAAUCAAGGAAAAGACAAAGGAAGUAGUAGAAGGGUAGUUUUUGUAGAGGAAACACUAAACCAGCUUAACCAAUCUUGUCGUUCCUCAGCCUCCAUCCAGUCAUUCAAUGAGGCCAAAUCAAAUAACUCGUUGAGUGGGAUUGUUUCAGCAGCACCACCCAUACUGGUAGCUGAAGAAGAGAUUCAGUUUGUUCAGAAAGUAAAGGAUGAAGGAAUUAUUUACCUCCUAGGAGAAGCUGAAGUGAUAGCUAAAUCCGAUUCUUCCUAUACAAAAAGGAUGAUUGUGGAUUAUGGGUAUAAUUUUCUGAGGAGAAACUUCAGGCAAGGGGAGAAAGUGAUGAUGAUACCACAAACCAGACUUCUAAGGGUUGGAAUGACAUACGAGAUUUAGAGGACUUGAUGAAAUGAUAAUUUUCUUCUUUUGAGUGCUACAGUUUUGGGGAAAUUGAAAGAUUUCUUGGAAGUCAUGGCAGAAGCUAAUAAAAGGCUGGAGCUUGAUGCAAAGAAUAAUUCUCAAGCAUAUGAUAUUGAAGUACUCAAUGGGAAUGAUUCUGAAGUCAUUGAAAUGUUUGAUGUUAGGUGUAGCUGAUCUUCACAUACCUCAAGCUCUGGCUGCUGCUGAAUCUGCAAUUGCUGGCAAUCAGCCACCAAUUAUGGUAGCUGGCAAUAGUAGUAGUAGCGAAACAGAAUCAGAUGAUAGCAGUGAUGAGGAAAGCUAUGAUGAUGGUAAUGAUGAUAAGGAAACAUCUUGUCCAACGGAACAUGAAAAAUCCAACACAGUCAACGAGGAUGCUGUCCGUAAAGCAACAGGAAAAAGUCGAUCAAAGAAGCGGACAAGGAUAGUUGAGCUCUCUUGAAAACAAUAUUUAUUUGGUUGGUCAAUAAGUAAUGUAGAAAUUUCUGAACUAUUAUAUUCCGAAGAAUCUCAAAUGACCUGUUGAAUUUUCCUGCUAGUGUUGUUGUCCUUGUAUUGAAUUUUAAUCGCAAAGUGAAUCAUUGAGAUGCAAGUUAAA